CUCCUCACAUUUAACCAACCACAUGGACCACAAAUUUUCACCUUUCAUUCUCAUCCUACGUACCCUCAUCUUCGUCAAUUCAUCAUCAAUGCCACUGACUGGAGCUGUUUGAGCUCCAACAAUGUCUUUUACACCUGUUUUCCCAUUUAAGUCUUUGUUAAACCUUCCUUCAAUCAAUCUCAGACGCUGUUCUACUACACAACCUGUUACUCUUACACUCUUUAGCUCCUUACCUUUCUCUCACAAGUUGCUUGCAAAUUCAAAUAUUCCUCACCUUUUCAGAAACAGAAUUAGGUGCAUUAAACAAGAGGGCGAGGAAAAUCACGAGGCUUUAAAAUCUGAUAUACCAGAUAAACAAGAUGGAUUCAAUAAGGAGGUGCAUACAAAUGGUAAAGGGGGACAUAACAAGACGGAGAUCCCGUUCCUGGCUAUGAUUGCAAUUGCAUUGGGCAUAGCUGCAGUAGCUACAUAUGCAUCCAUUCACCAGCAGCCGAUUCUAGGAUCACCGUCCGGUUUGCAGAUUCUGUCGCAAGGCUCUUCCUCUUCAGCAGUUGCUCCAGUUGCUGCUGGUUUCACUUUCAAAGUGUUUGGAUUCAGUGUUGUAAUUCCGCAAUAUGCACCGGGAUGGAUCUACUUCUGGUUACUUAUGGCUGCAGGUUGUGGACUUUUCGUUAGUGAAGAAGCUUUAAAUAUUUGGGUUGGUACAUCAAUAGCAAGGCUUUUGUCUAUCGACGGAACAUGGCAGUCGUUUGCUGAGUCUUUCUCGAGGAACGCUCCGUACAUCAUAUCAACGGUUCUAUGGGUUUAUUGGGGAGUUUGCAUUAGUGACAUGAUACCCUUUUACUUUGGGAAACUUUUUAGACAGUCUGGUGCGUCUGCUGAUGUUACUUCAAGGUUAGGAAUUGGCAAAGAGAAAGCUAAGGAAAUCACGGAUGUUGUACAAAAGUAUGGGAAUCUUAUCGGUUUUGUUGAACGGUUCUCUCUUGGAGUGAGAAACCCCACAGCUUUCCUUGCAGGAGCCUUGGGUAUUUCUCCGGAGUUGUAUUUUGCAGGGGUCUGUUGUGGAGGUCUGUUCACACUUUCAAUUCAGCUUGGAAUAGGAUUCCUUUUGAGAGAACGCCCUAUAUUUGCUCUUGCUACUGUCGCAACCGUAGUGGGAAUUUGGACAGUUUUUCCAUAUGCUGUGGCUGCUUCAACUGCUGUAUUCUUUUAUGUCAGGAACAAGUACUUAUCUUAGUCCCUGAAUGCCGUGUAAGAGUAUUCACAAAUAAUGAUUCCGAAAUUGUAUAUGCAGAU